CUGCUCCACGGCUCGGAAUGAUUACACGGAUUCCCCAUAAUGACGCCUGAUGCAAUGCAAGGUCUCCAGGUUGUUGCAAGCUCUAUCAUUUGCUGCUCUCAAAUCAUGUCUUUGAAUUGUGAAUCACAGAAGGCCCAGGAUCCAACCAGCAGCUGCACAAACACCAGCCGAUCAUUCCUACUUACUCUGUUCUAUCUCUUCAUGUUGAAUAUCUGGUUCACCGAAUCUCUGACGUCACGUGAAGGAAAAGAUUCAGUGAGCACCGUUUCAAACGCCCCGUGUUGGCAGGUGGAACAAUUCUUUGUGGCAGAGAGCUGUAAGGAGUGCACACGCUUUGAGGUGAAAACCCGAGAAGCCUGCAGUACAACAGGAUAUGUGGAAAAGAUCAACUGCUCCGAGUCCCAGCGAGAGGAAUAUAAAAGCUGCCGCUCCGCACUGAUGGAGGAGACUCUGUUCUGGAGGUUCGAAGGCACCAUGCUAACACUCUCCAUCAUCUUCUCUGUGUUGGUCAUUCAUCGUCAGAGAGCACUGGACAGACUGGCCUCUGAGAAGCCACCUGUGAACACAAGGGUGUCAGGCUGGAGACUGGAGACACUUGGAUUAAUGAAGAAUGUUACCAAUGUAUCUGCCUGAAGCCCUUUGGAGUUGGCUGCUGUGACAGCGUGCCCCAGCCUGUCGAUUACCCCGAUUGGUGUGAACUCAUUCAGCGACCCAGCUCAUGCCUUCUGGCAGUUGUUAUGAAAACCAA